AUCGUAAUUAACUUUUCAUGUUGCUCAGUGUAAGUUUAGAAUCCAGGGACCUCAAAAAAUAACAUUUAAGCCCAAAUUAAAAAGCAUGGCAAAGAAAUGUGUAAGGAGAAGUUUUAAAUUCUUUGGAUAACUGCUCAUAUUUUGAUUUAAAUACGGUUUUCUGAUACUCUCACAGUAAUAGGAAUUUAUUUUUAUUUAAUAACCACUGCAGGCCUUUGAUGUAUGUGGGUGGGACUAAUUGUUGCCAGGAAACAAGAACUGACCAUCUAUUCUAUGACAUCAUUGCUUGUGUUCCUCCAUGACAUCAUCACCAGUGACUUUGAUGACCUUAAAAUCUACAGGCAUCAAGUGAUUCCAGUUCUCGUGAACCCUUGUAGCGAAUGCGUCUCUUGAGUGACUUCCUUGCGUCUAGAGAAACACUGUUUUUCAAAGAGUGAAGACAAAUCAGUCCAGUCAUCAUUCAAAGAAGCUUUGUGUUGAAAACUAAGCUUUGUGCUCAAAACCUACCAACAGAUCUUUUAUCUAUGGAGUCUGUCAGCAGAUAUUCAGCUGUGGAAGCUACCUGCCGUCAGCUGGAAACACUGGAAUUUAUCAACUCCUCAAUCCGUGAUAACAAAUCUGGUGAGUUGAACUCUGUGCCCUCAGCUCCAGCCCCUGAUCAGAGACCAGCAUCUUCCCCGAAGCCUGAAGACGCAAAAACACAUCCAAUUUUAAAACUUCUUCAAAGUAAGACAGCUGUUGAAGGAGGCAGUGCUGAUAAAAACACCAGAGCUACUGUCUUGGUGUCAGAGUUGGAGUUUCAUGCGGCCUUAAGCUCCAAAGAAGGGAAGAUCUCAGCACUUGAACAAAGAAAUGCCACAUUAUCAGAAAAUAUGAAUAUUCUCGUCGCACAGCUUCAGCAAAUGGAGUUAGUGCGCCAACAUGCCAACGAGACGGUGAGGCAGCUCGAGUUUGAGUUAGCUGAUGAAAGAAAUAAGGUGCAGGGAGCUGCAAUCUUCUUGCAACAAUUAGCUAGAGAAGGUGCAUCGGUCCACAAACAUGAGAACGACCAGGAGAAAAAGGCUUUGAGAGAUGAAGUGAUGAAGUUGACACAGAUAAUAGAAAAGCUGCAAACUGAGCAUGAAACUGAGGUUGCUGUUCUGUAUGAUGAGCGGAUUAAGACAAACAAAGACCGUCGAGAUGCCAUCAGAAGGGCCGACCAGCUGAAAGUAUCUCUGAUCUCAGAGAAGAACAAAACAGCAGAGACUGAGAUCUGUUUAGCCAAGCAGAUGGAAGAAACAUCUAAACUUCAAGCUGCUCUGGUCAAAAUGGAGAAAGAUUUGGAGGAACAAAGACAGCAGUGGGAGCAGGAAAAGGUCCGUCUCCUUACUAGUAACCAAGAAACAUCUGAGGUGGAAAAGCUGAAAUACCGUUUGGAGUCACAGAUGGUUGAGCAUGAAGAUGAGGUUGCUGUUUUGUAUAAUGAGCUGAUCAAAAGGAACGAGGACCGUCGAGAUGCCAUCAGAAAGGCCAACCAGCUGAAAGAAAACCUGGUUGAAGAGAAAAACAGAACAAAAGAGGCUGAGGACAGCUUAGUCCAGCAAAAGGAGAAAGCCUAUAACCUACAGGUUGCUCUGGUCCAAAUGGAGAAAGCUUUGGAGGAACAGCGACAGCAGUGGGAGCAGGAAAAAUCUCAUCUUCUAAGAACCAACCAACAGGAAAGAGAUGAGGUGGAGCAGCUGAAACAGCAGUUAGAGUUACAGAAAACUGAGGCAGAACAGGAGAUUGCUGCUCUGCAUUUGGAGCAGGAGAAUAAAAACCAAUACCACCAAGAUGCCGCAAGAAAAGUUAUGGAACUGGAAAUGACUCUGGUUGCUGAAAAGACCAGAACAAAGGAGGCUGAGAUCUGUUUAGAUGAACAAGUGCAGGAAACCUGGAAAAUAAAGGCUGCCUUGGUCAAAAUGGAACAAGACAUGGAGAACCAAAAACUGCUCUGGGCCCAGGAAAAAUCCAGUCUUCUGGAAGAGCAGCAGAAAACUAUCAGAAAUGUGGAAGCAGCUAUGAAAGAGGCUCUGGAGGUUCUGCAUGAUGAAAGGAAACAUUGGGAAACAGAAAAGUCCUGCCUUCUAGAGACAAUUGCAACAACAAAGGAGUCUCUGAAAGAGAUGGAGGUGGAGAGAAAAACCUCAACAGAGAGCCUGACGGAGAAACUGAAAAAUCUGCAGCAGGAGAUGGACACAUUACAAGAAAAAAAACUUAAAAAGAAAUCUUCCAGGAAAAGCAUCUUCAGUGUCUUUAAAAGCUCUAAAAAGGAUCCAUCUCAGUCAGAAACUACCACUGCUAAACCUCCUGAAACCCUCCAACCAAACCAAACUGACAAAAACACUUCCUGAACCCUCUUUUCCCCAAUUAGACCAUAAACUUUAUCUUUAACUUUCAACUGUCUACCUUGAACCCUGAACUUCCCAAACCUAAAUACAGACAGUUUUCAACUAUUUUCCCUGGACCCUUUCCUCCUGGAACCUUUUAAUUUAUCCUGGCCAUUUCCACUGGGUGAGAGAGGACUUAGUGACAUUCAUAGAUCAGUCAUUGCCUGAGAGACGUUUCUUAAAGCAGAAUGAACCACAAACCCACAGCAGCAGUGAAAUCUAUGGUUCAUGAAGUGGUUGUGGAUUUUAUUUGUGCCUCAGAACACUAUGACUUUAAAUGACUAAUUUAUCCUCUCUUUCCCACUGAAGACUGUAAGGAGAUGUCAUUCAUUCCAACAAUUCAAAAUGCCUGGCACCCUCCCUCCACAAAAAUAUUUAAAUGUUUUUUUGUAAAUGAAAAAGUUCUGCCUCCCUAUCAGGGCCUUUUUCUGGGGUAGAUUUUGACCCUGAUAAUUUAUUUUCACCCUGGUAAAAAGAUUGGGGCUGCACGGUGGCACGGUUCUCAGGAGAUCUUUCUGCAUGGAGUUUGUAUGUUCUCACCGUGCAGCUGUGGGUUCUCUCCGGGUACUCCGGCUUCCUCCCACUAUUAAAAUAAUAUGCCUUUUAGAUAAUUUAGGUGUUUUGUCUCUGUAAAUAAUGAAUAAAUAAGUAAAUAAAUAAUAAAAAAUAACAGAAUUUUGUUUUUAUAAAA